UGUUGUAGUUUCAUAACUUCCAUUCCUCCAGAUAAAAUCAGUACUCAAAAGAUUGCUCAUGGAGCAAAGUCAUCUAAACAGGAGGCUUCCGUGGUCCUAUUGAUGACUGGAUAUUGCUGUAUCAAAAUUGAAGUUAGUGACUCACUGACUUGGUUUGACAAUUCUCCUACCAAAGCAUUCUUGUGGUGUUUCAAUAUAGUUUCUCUCAAAUCACCUUCAACUUGAACUGCAUCAUCCUUCAGUGCAAGUUCCCCUAAUCCUGCCAUGUUUGGGGCCAUAAUUGAUGGGUCUCUUAUAUCAAUUAUAUUCUGUUCCUGCAAUGGAUUAUUUGCAAGAGGCCCAAGGAGGGCUUGAAUUAUUUGUUUUGGGAUCGUAACUCACCGCCUUUGGAGUUUUUGGUUGAGAUCGUCUGUUGUUUGUUAGGUUUGGAAUAUAGAUGUCAGGGCUCGAAUGGAGGAGGUGGUUUUGAGUUCUCCCUUCAGGGAGAUGGGUAAAGUUUUGUGGCAGGUUAGCUUCUUUGUACUUUGUAGUUUUGUGGGGAAUUUGGCUGGAGGAAUAAUAAAAUCUUUAGAGAGGUGGAGGAAGUUUGGGAGGUGGCUAAGUUUAAUUCUUCCUUAUGGUAUAAGUCACUAGGCAUCUAGGCCUUUCUUUAAUUAUGAGCUUGGUCGUGUCCUUUUUUGUAGGUAGGGUUGAACUCCUUUUUUUUUCUGUUGACUUGUCUUUUUGUAUGCCCUUGUAUUCUUUAAUUUUAAUAUAUGAUUCAAAUAAACACACACACAGACACAUAUACAAUUUUUUUGAUCCGGAUGAUCAGUUAUCUCCUUUGAACUAAACAGAUUAAUACCAUUAUUUCAACUUACUAGGCAUGAAGAAAUGGUUGUAGUAGUCACUAUGAUCUUUGAUCUAACUACAGAUUACAGUUUGUAGCUGGCAUAUGAACUUACAGAAAAAUCACCAAGCCGUUUCAAUUUUUGCCUAAUUCAUGGUUCAUCUUGAUUUCUACACAUUUUGGCUCUGAUUUUGAACGUUCCACUUUUGUUCUUUUUCUUUUGUUAAUUGUUUUCAUUUUUGUUCGUUUCUUUUUUGUUCUUUUUCCCUUGAAGGAAGUGUGUUGCUGCAAGCUACAGCAAUGUAAUUCCGUGCAGUGUCUAUUUAAAGUGCAUUAAGUUAUUGUGAUUAUGUCUUUUGACAUCGUUUGCGAUGACUUGUCUCUGCAUACAGGCUAUUUUGUUUUUAAUGUUCAAUUUAGUAUCAAAUUGGUUCCAGUAAUCAUAAUAAUGUGGUUCCUUUCCAGUGUUCUCUUCCAUAAUCUUUCGAUAAUACUAACUUGAGAAUAGCUCAACUAGUCAAAGCAUAUGUCCUCGAUCCUAGGGGUUAGACGUUUGAAUCUCCAACCCCUUAUUGUUGAACUAAAGAGAAAAAAGAAAAAGAAAAGAGGUAAUUGUGCAAUCUUAAAAGAACGGAUUGCACUAGAUUUAAUCCCAUUUUUGUUUGUUAUAAUGCUCAAAAAGGGAGCAAAUCUCUUGGAAAGAGAAGUUUAGAAACUUUUCUUUGGGCUAAAAUGGGUGCAGAAGAAGUGUGCCACCUCACAAGUUGGAAACAUCUCUUUAGAAGCAUAGUGGAAGGUGGUCCCUGUCUUGACAACUGGAAGAAAAUGAAUAUUUCUUUUGCAGCUAAUUGGAGUUGGGAUUUGCCUUGGAGAAAACUUGCUGGUGGAGAUUAAUAGCAGAUGAUAAGUACGAAGUUGCGCUUAUCAAAAUAAAAUAUGUGGUCGAGAGUCGUGGGUGGAGUUACCAAAGAAAAAAGAACCAGUAAAAGAAUCCCAUGGCAGUUUAUAAACAACUACAGACAGCUUGUGAAAAAAUAUCUUCAUUUCAAGUUGGAGAUGGGAGCAAUGUGAGAUUUUCGGAAGUCAAAUGGCUGUUGGGGAAACCCUCUUAAGGAGAGAUUAUCGAGAAUCUACCAUGAAACAGACACAAACUUGUUUAAGAUUAAAGACUGCUGGAAAAAAAUGCGUACAAUAUGGUGCUGCACAAAUUUGGGGAAAAACUCUACUCUGGGCUCGUGAACACAAUGUCAUUUCAUCUGAAAGAAAUAUCUAAAGGAAUUGAAGCAGCUCAAGGAGAACUUUUUUUGGUAGAAUUGAACAGGAAAUGGGCAGACCACAACAAGGCUUUGCAAAUGAUCCGAGACAUAUUGAUGUACAUGGACAGAACUUUCAUCCCAAGCACUCACAAAACCCCAGUUCAUGAGCUCGGUUUGAAUCUAUGGAGGGAUGUUGUUAUCCACUCUAGCAAAACCCAGACCAGGCUCCGAGAUACUCUUCUUGAACUUGUGCAUAUGGAAAGGAGUGGUGAAGUUAUAAACAGGGGUUUAAUGAGGAACAUUAUAAAGAUGCUUAUGGAUUUAGGCUCUUCUGUUUACCAAGAAGACUUUGAAAAGCAUUUUCUUGAUGUCUCUGCAGAUUUUUAUCGUCUCGAGUCUCAGCAAUUUAUUGAGUCUUGCGACUGUGGGGAUUAUCUGAAGAAGGCCGAGAGACGCUUGAAUGAAGAAAUAGAAAGGGUGUCCCAUUACUUAGAUGCUAGAAGUGAACCUAAGAUAACCAGCGUGGUGGAAAAAGAGAUGAUAGAAAGUCACAUGCAAAGAUUAGUCCACAUGGAAAACUCAGGCUUAGUAAAUAUGUUUGUUGAUGAUAAAUAUGAAGAUUUGGGCAGAAUGUAUAACUUGUUUCGCCGUGUACCUAGUGGACUCUCUAUAGUAAGAGAUGUCAUGACAUCUUACAUCCGUGAUACAGGUAAGCAGCUGGUGACAGAUCCUGAUAGGAUAAAGGAUCCUGUGGAUUACGUGCAGCGACUCCUUGAUUUGAAGGAUAAAUAUGACAAGGUUAUCAGCUUGGCAUUCAACAAUGACAAGACAUUCCAAAAUGCAUUGAAUUCCUCGUUUGAAUAUUUUAUCAACCUAAAUGCUCGAUCUCCAGAAUUUAUCUCUUUGUUUGUAGAUGACAAGCUUCGCAGAGGAUUGAGAGGGGUCAGUGAGGAAGAUAUAGAAAUUGUGCUAGAUAAGGUUAUGAUGCUUUUCCGUUACCUUCAAGAGAAAGAUGUAUUUGAGAAAUAUUACAAGCAACAUUUGGCCAAGAGGCUUCUGUCUGGAAAAACUGUGUCUGACGAUGCUGAAAGAAGUUUGAUCGUUAAGCUCAAAACAGAGUGUGGGUACCAAUUUACCUCUAAGUUGGAGGGUAUGUUCACUGAUAUGAAGACGUCUCAGGAUACAAUGCAGGGUUUCUAUGCAAGAUUUGGUACUGAGUUAGGAGAAGGACCCACGCUAGUUGUGCAGGUUCUCACUACAGGUUCAUGGCCAACUCAGGCCAGCACAACUUGCAAUCUUCCUCCAGAAAUUCUUGGGAUAUGUGAAAAAUUUAAAAGCUACUACCUUGGGACGCAUACUGGCCGAAGAUUAUCCUGGCAAACGAAUAUGGGUUCAGCCGAUCUUAAAGCAACUUUUGGUAAGGGUCAGAAGCAUGAGUUGAAUGUUUCAACGUACCAAAUGUGUGUGCUAAUGCUGUUUAACAAUGCUGAUCGGUUGAGUUAUAGAGACAUUGAGCAAGCCACAGAGAUUCCAGCUGUAGACUUGAAAAGAUGUCUACAGUCAUUAGCUUGUGUGAAAGGACGGAAUGUCCUCCGGAAGGAGCCAAUGAGUAAGGACAUCGCUGAAGACGAUGCAUUUUUCUUCAACGAUAAGUUCACGAGCAAGUUGUACAAGGUGAAAAUCGGUACUGUGGUUGCACAGAGGGAGUCUGAGCCAGAAAACCAGGAAACGCGACAGAGGGUAGAGGAAGAUCGGAAACCACAGAUCGAGGCAGCUAUAGUCAGAAUAAUGAAGGCAAGGCGAGUAUUGGAUCACAAUAACAUCGUCACUGAAGUCACGAAGCAGUUGCAGUCAAGGUUCCUUCCAAACCCUGUUGUCAUUAAAAAACGAAUUGAAUCUCUUAUUGAGAGGGAGUUUUUGGAGAGGGACAAAGAAGAUAGAAAACUGUACCGUUAUCUUGCCUGAACUUUGAAGAAUUUAUGAUUGCCCUUCAUGUGUCCAAAACUUUGUACUACGGGCUCAUUGUUAUAACUUUCAUGAGUUGAAAUCUUACCAUUGAAUUUGCUGCAGGCUUGGGUUGGUUAGAUGAACUGUCAUCGCUUUAUUGCCCAGCUCCUUUCCCUUUACGCUCUUGAUCUUAUGGCUUCUUUUUGCUGAUUAUGCUCUACUGGUUCACUAGGAUAUGGAUUCCAAAGUGAAAGGUAGUUUCUGAAGGUUUACGUGAUAUUUCCAUAAAGGUCUGGAAGCGGACUCUUGUAAAUUAUAUUUUCUUGGAUUUUAUGAAUGAUUAGAUUGCCACUUGGUUUGAACUUUUGGUGCAAGCUCCUUGAUUUGGUACCUUGAGUCUAAAAGUCGAUGGCUAUCAUUGGGAGUGUUUGAGAA